UGGCCAAGGCUCUCGCGGCCGGUGCUGGGGGGGGUUAACAUUUGUGAAUGGCUUCAAAGUGACUGUGAUGUGGGGUGGUUUAUAAUGUUUUAUCAGCACUUUAGCACAUGUUUUUUAUUUGAUUUGACAUUCUUCAGGACUGGAUUGUAACGGGAAACGAUGUCGGACGCUGAAGGUGCUCGCAGUCCAGACCAGCUGAAUAAAUUCGAGAAACUGACAGGCAGGCCGCCGCACGCUGAGACGCUAGCAGGUCAUCGCACUCCUCCCGCCCGAAGUGGCCAUCGCUGUGUUGCUGACAACACUAACCUGUAUGUGUUUGGAGGGUACAACCCUGACUACGAUGAGUCAGGAGGCUCAGAGAAUGAAGACUAUCCACUGUUCAGGGAGCUUUGGAGGUACCACUUUGCCACAGGCUGCUGGCAGCAGAUUCGAACAGAGGGCUAUAUGCCCACAGAGCUGGCGUCUAUGUCAGCUGUUUUGCACGGCAACAACCUCUUGGUGUUUGGCGGCACUGGGAUCCCCUUUGGUGAAAAUAACGGUAAUGACGUACAUGUUUGUAAUGUGAAGUACAAGCGAUGGUCACUGCUCAACUGUCGGGGGAAGAAGCCCAACAGAAUCUAUGGACAGGCAAUGGUUAUUAUAAAUGGUUUCCUGUACGUGUUUGGAGGGACAACGGGUUACAUCUACAGCACAGACCUGCACAGGCUGGACCUGACCACCAGGGAGUGGAUCCACCUCAAGCCCAACAACCCUCCUGAUGACCUGCCUGAGGAACGGUACAGGCAUGAAAUAGCACAUGACAGACAGAGGAUCUACAUUCUGGGAGGAGGAACUUCCUGGACAUCUUACCCUCUGGACAAGAUACAUGCUUACAAUCUGGAGACCAAUUCCUGGGAGGAGAUUACAACUAAACCUCAUGACAAAAUAGGAUAUCCUGCUCCUAGGAGAUGCCAUAGCUGUGUACAAAUACGAAAUGAUGUAUUUAUCUGUGGAGGCUACAACGGGGAAUUGAUAUUAGCUGAUCUGUGGAAGAUUAAUCUGCAGACUUUCCAGUGGAGUAAACUACCAGCAGUGAUGCCUGAGCCGGCCUACUUCCACUGUGCUGCUGUCACCCCAGCUGGCUGCAUGUACAUCCAUGGUGGUGUGGUGAACAUCCAUGAGAACAAGAGAACUGGCUCUCUUUUUAAGAUCUGGCUGGCUGUGCCCAGCCUGCUGGAGCUAUGCUGGGAGAAGCUCCUCAAGGCCUUUCCCCACCUGACUUCACUCCCCACCAUGCAGCUGCUCAACCUGGGCCUCACACAGGAACUCAUUGAACGCUUGAAAUAGGCCGCACAGUGGAGGACAGACAAACGAAUGGAUGGGAUGGACUGGGCUGGACUGGGAGGAGAUGACAGAGCACAGAAUUUAAUUCACGGCAAAAUUCUCGGGAAAAAAUGCCCUCUCCCUCCCCUGCCUAACGUAGCCCCGCCUUAAAACCAAAAGCAAUGCGAUGCCUUUUUUCGUUCGCUCUUAUUUUCCGCAGUUUCAGUGAUGAUAAAGAAAAUAAAUGUGGAAUGUUUUAUGGAUUUUACUCAAACUCCCGCCCCUCAGCCACCCCUUUUCCUUACAUGAUGCCUUUGUGUCAAGCUAAAUACGAAUUCCCGCUUCUCAUCCUCCAAACUGCCAAGCCGGAAAUACUUUAUUUUGCCAUGUCACGCUUUCAAAGACUGUCCUCUCCCAUGUUUUUAAAAUCUGCCUUCUCUAGUACUUUUAAGAAUUCUGUGCAGAGGAAGAAUGCAUGUAUAUUUAUUUGAAGGACUAAAUCUGCUAUACUGGGGGUAUUCUCAUCACAUGAUAUUGCUGUUUGCACACUUUGUCUUGCAAAUUUGUGGACAUUUACUUUUUUUUUUUUAAUAGAUCCUAUAAGCUAAGUAAUGACUCUAGAAAGUGGCAGACAGUGGUUUUACCAAGGGCCAUGUCAGUGUUUUUGCACAUUUUAGCUAAUUUAAUUUGAUCUCCUAUAAAAUCUUCAUUACUGCUGACAUCCUGUAGUGUUUUAGAGUUUAAAAAUGUUUUUUUUUUUGCAACCUUUCAGGCAGCUGUUUUCUUCCUAUGGUAUGAAAAUCAACUUCCAGCAACUUGAAGCUUACAUAAUCAAUCACGCUGAUAUUAAUGUGUUUUUAUGGUUGAAGUUAUCCUUGCAUAACUUUGACAUAAAUAAACACAGACAUGGUGUUUACUGUGAGGGAUUACCAAUCUUAAAUUUCAAGUCUUUCAGAUUUGUUUUCAUACUACAUGAAUGGAAACCAGUGUCAGCCUGGAGAUGAGGGAAAAAACAUUUAAAAAAAACAAAGUUGUGGUAUGCCUUUAAAGUGGUCAUGGAUCAUGUAUUUUAUUUCUGGUAACUUAGCUAAACCAUGCAGAAACACUGGAUGCUCCUCAUUAGUAUGUGAAGAAAGGGUUCAAUGUCUGAGCCUUUGUAUUUCCUUUAUUUUCCAUUAUACAUUAGGUUACAAUUUGCCUGGAAAACCAUCUGCAAAAAAAGUCAAAAGUAAGGUGGGUAUCAUCAAAUUGAUUUAAUUUCCAUCUUGUUUUCUUGCAGCUCUCAUUUGUAAACCAAACCAUGCAACACAUCACUGUGAAUUUGGUGCUCUUUAAAUUUUAAUUUAAAAAAUGCUUUUAUUCGAAUAAAGACUUAAUUCUGUUCAGACUUUUACUCCCUCUCUGUUGAUGACAUAGAAGAUGUUUUACACAGGGAGUUGCUUCAGUAGCAGGCUUAUACAAACAUUUGUUUAUACUGCAGUGCCUUUUUCAAACUUCUAAUGAGGUUGAAAUUUCACAAAUACAGGCAGUAUAAGAUCAUGUUGAAAAUUGUGUUUUUUCAAGUAAGUGAACAUUUUAACCAUUUUCAACAAGUCAUUACAUAUAAUCACUCAACAUCUCCGUGGCAAAAACAUCAAUUUUGUAUCCUGUUUCAAGGAUGCAGAAGCUUUGUGUUCUGUUCCUGUUAAUGGCCAGAAAGAGUGGACUUCAGGACAGCAUGCAGCAUAUUAAGCCUUUUGGGUAUUAAUCCUAAAAGCACUUAUUCAACGUGUCAAGUCAGUGUGUUCAAUACAGUUCACAUGUUUAAUGAAUGAAUUUACCUGAUGCCAAAUAAUGUCGCAUCUUGAACAAAGUGUGAUUAUAAUGAGGGAUGAGAGGUUAGUCGAGACCCAGGAUGAAAUGUUGCCCGAUGGUUUGCCUGCAUUUCUUGCCCCUUUAUUUCCAUUCUGCAUAACACACUACUUUGUGCAUGAUGUCAUUACCUGCUUUUUAUAUUAACAUCAUCUAACCUUUACUUUGGGACAUAGUUUUAAAGGUGACCACUAAAAUGUUGUAUAGUAGGCUUGUGUGAAUGUUGUAUUGGAGUACUGUCAAUAAAAGUGUUCUGUAAAUA